CCGCGAGUUCAAUAUCAUUGCGAUGGGCGUUCUGGGUUGGGCUGUAAUGAUGUUCGGGCUCGUCUGCGUGUGCAUCGCCUACCUGCGCCACUUCAAUCUCAAGAGCACGGAUGAGCACGAGGCCAUCCCCAUGGACAACCUGAGCAACACACACCACAGGGCACAGCGCAGCGACUAUCCUCACACAGACCAUGCCCAACACCCGGACUACCUACAACAGCCAGGACACCUGCAACGCCCAGGCAACCUAUCACCGGCAACGGGCCGGUCAAGACAGUCCAGUCGCUCGCCAUCGCCGAUGUUCGGAGGACACUCCCCCGACGCUCAGCGAAGCCACCGGAUCAACAUGCCGUUGCUUAGCAACGCAGAAGCGAUGGCUCUGGAUGCGGCGGGUGCGGGUGAGUCUGUCGAUGGGUUGAGUGCAUACAGUGGCGCGCACAGACACUUUACAGCUGAAGACCUGGGCAAUGAUGAGGAUGAACUAGACGAAGCAGGCAACAACGAUGGUGCGAGAUUGUUGUCUAAUAGAUAGGUGGGUAGGGCUUGUGAGUGCCCGCCUAGUAGUGGCGUAUGAGGUAUCAUCAUGGAGCAUUGGCUUGUGGAGACUGUAAGUUUCCGGGAGGACUUCUGCAACCGGCGGCUGCGGAUCUAACCGAUGAGUCAUUGUGCGCCCACGAAUGACGUUGCGACAGUGCCGCCUGUCGUGCAGUGUCUGGUGGUGGGAUAUACACUCGCAUAAUAAAUCUCGCUCUUGGAGAGAAGUGGCGAAAGAGGAUGGGAUCCAAACUGCCACUGUAGCAUUCAUUCGUCCAGUGAUAAGACGAGCCGCAGGUCUGUUUGCAGUGAGGCCGAUCUCGUAAACAGUUAGUACACCCAGCGCAGUGAUAGUUACAUUCACCUCUUUCAUCAGGCAGACACAAACAUCGAGUGGCAUAGGUGGUGAUGUGCAAUCAUUUCGCUAAGGGGUGCACCCCGGUGUGGUUGCCUGUGUGUGCCUGGCGGUUAGUAGUCUAUCUAGACCAUGCAAAAAAAAAAGUGUUCAAUUGCGCACCCGUCUGCCUGCGACCGAUCUACGGGUAUUGAUACAAAGUAUGACAUCGAUCAAGUGCUUGGAGAAUUAUCAAUAAAUCGCAUGCUGAAAGUGAUAGCAGGGAUCGGGGUAUCAAUGAAGUACCCCGAAUAGAUAUAAGGCCAUCUGUAGGCAACAGGCUUAACGAAUCUGGAAUCAACUGCGUAUUGCACGCUAAUCCAGAUAUCUUUUAGGAUAGGUAUAGC